AUGUCUUCCGAAAGGCUGAAAGUUAAAAAUGGACCACGUGAUUAUAUUUGCUUAAUUCUUUUGUUUAUUAUUAAUUUAAUUAAUUACAUGGAUCGAUUUACAGUUGCAGGUGUUUUGACACAAGUUCAAGCAUUUUUCUCGAUUGAUGACACCGGAGCAGGUUUAUUACAAACAGUAUUUAUUAUAUUUUAUAUGGUAGUUGCACCCUUAUGUGGUUUUCUUGGCGAUCGAUAUAAUCGGAAAUGGAUAAUGGUUAUUGGUAUAGCAGUUUGGAUUAUUGCUGUAAUGGCAUCAUCUUUUGUACCUGCUAAUCUAUUUUGGUUAUUUCUAUUAUUAAGAGGUGUUGUUGGUAUUGGUGAAGCAUCAUAUGCGACAAUUGCGCCAACAAUAAUUGCUGAUAUAUUUUCAAUACCAAUACGCAGUCGAGCAAUUAUGUUUUUCUACUUUGCUAUACCAAUUGGAAGUGGUAUGGGUUAUAUUGUAUCAUCGAAUAUUUCCUCAUUACUUGGUGGUUGGCAAUGGGGCAUUCGAGUGACACCAUUUCUAGGAGUUUUAUCUAUUGUAUUUAUCAUUUUGAUUAUGAAUGAACCAAAACGUGGCGAAGCAGAAAGUGUUGUUACUAAUAAUAUAAAACGAACAUCAUAUUGGGAAGAUAUUAAAGCAAUUUGUAAAAUUCCAACAUAUGUUAAUGCGACACUUGCUUAUACAUCAGUAAUAUUUGCAACUGGGACAUUGUCAUGGUGGGGACCAGCAGCUGUUGAACAUUCUAUUGCUAUGAAAGAAAAUUUAAAUAGUACUAGUGAACUUAGCAGUGAACAAAAAAAUAGUAUAACACUUAGUUUUGGCAUAAUAACAGUAGCUGGUGGUAUUUUGGGUGUUUCAACUGGUACAAUGCUAUCACAGCUUUGGUCACAAGGUAAAUUAUGCUGUAAACCUAUUAAAACAGUUCGAUCUGAUGCAUUAGUAUGCGCUAUUGGAUCAUUAUUUGCUAUACCAUUUCUAUUUAUGGGCUUACAUUUUUGCGCCACAAACAUUACUCUUGCAUGGAUAUUCAUCUUUUUGGCAGUCGUAUCAUUAUGCUUAAAUUGGGCUAUAAUUAUCGAUAUGCUUCUUGAUAUAAUUGUACCACAGCGACGAUCAAUUGCAAAUUCAUGGCAAAUUCUUAUAUCACAUUUAUUUGGUGAUGCUUCUGGACCAUAUAUUGUUGGCUUGGUAUCUGAUUGGAUACGAGGCUCAGAUGACACACCAACUGCAUGUUUUCAAUCAUUAAUUAAAGCAUUUUAUAUACCUAAUAUUAUAUUAAUUAUUAGUGUUUUAUUAUUCGUUGGUGCUGCAAUAUCAUUUGUUCAUGAUCGAAAUAAAUUUUUACAACAAAUAGGUUAUUAUUCAAAAUAUGAUUAUUCGAGUGCAAAAUUUAAUGGCAACGAAGUGAAAAUUGGAAAUGGUGCAAGAAAUGAUGCAUUUCAAUAA